UUCAGAUUCGCCUGAACAGGAGCCUUCUAAGCACAGUGAGAAUUUGAGGAGGAAGACCGUUCAGGGCAUGACGCUGGAAGGUGAAGACGAUCGGUGCGGCGCAGGUUGAUUUGUCGCAGGGCAUGUGGGUUUUGCUAAUGCUCUCGCUGGCGGCGGCCGCCUCUGCCGACUGCCCGCGCCACUGCGAGUGCAAGUGGCGCAGUGGCAAGGAGUCGGCACUGUGUGCCCGCGCAGGACUCACUUCCGUUCCGCCGCGCCUCGACCCCACCACGCAACUCCUCGAUCUAUCAGAAAACCGUCUGCCUGCGCUUCGAGAUGAUGCAUUCGCAGCCGCAGGCCUUCUUAACCUCCAACGACUGUAUCUGCCUGCCUGUAACGUGAAAAUAAUACGACAAUACGCGUUUCGUGCGCUCGUCAAUCUUGUGGAACUCGAUUUAUCGCGCAACCGUAUCGAUGCUGUGCCAUCGCACUCAUUCGAUUCUAUUCCCGAGCUCCGUGAAUUGAAACUUGGAGGUAACCCAAUUACUAAAAUAGAAGAUGAAUCAUUUAUGUCACUACCCCACUUGGUGCGAUUAAGUUUGAGUGCUUGUAAAAUUGCUGAGAUAGAGCCUCGAGGAUUCACAGGAUUAGAGUCCUCUUUGGAAUAUUUGGAGCUUAGUAAAAAUAGGCUACAAAUAGUUCACGUUGCAGUUUUAGCUCCCUUACGAUCGCUUAAAGGAUUAGAACUUGCAAAUAACCCAUGGGAGUGCACUUGCGCUUUGAGACCACUUCGUGACUGGAUGAUAAGGAAAAAUGUGCCCGCUACCGUAGUCCCCGAAUGUGCAUUGCCUCCACGGCUGAUGUUUCAUUCUUGGGAUAAAUUAGACUUGGAAGAUUUCGCAUGUCAACCCCAAGUUACCGCUACUUCAAAUCAAUUAAAAGGUAUAGAAGGGGAAGAAGUGACUUUGAUUUGUAAAGUGACAGGAGUGCCAGCGCCAAGAGUGCGGUGGGUGCGGUCGGGCCGCCUACUUUCUAACACGACUUCGACUAAUGUCAAUUCUGGUAGAGCGUUUAUGCUACGUAGUGAAGGACAAAUUAGUAAUUUAACUAUAAAGUCGGCAGAUAUUCAAGAUACUGGAACUUAUACGUGUAGUGCCGAGAACCGUGCUGGAAAGGCCGAAGCUAUUUUGAACUUAGCAAUAGAAAAGAAACCAGACAGUAAAACUUUCGGUGGACGUGCGCUUAUGGCGGGGAUGGCAGUAUCCGCAGUGAUAGUGUUAAGUUCUUGUCUCAUAGGACUUUGUGCGUAUGAAACUAGGAAAAAAAGACAGUUAGAUCGGUGGAACGAGCAAAUCGUGACAACAAAUCAUCGCGACGAUAGUUAUGAAAAAAUAGAUGCUAGUUUAAAGAAUAGUGCAGAAUUGCCGCGAGUGAUGACUAAUGAUAACAGUCGUAAAAGAGGUGAUUACAGAAAUGUACCGUCUCAUGACCCUGAAGAUGAUUUAGAAGGUUGCUUAAGAGGAGACUUGCAGGACGAUAGAGAAUGUUCUAUGACACCACCUCUAGAUGGAAAUUGGCGACGAGCUGACUUCGAAGCAAUAAGUGGUAGAUCAGGAACUACUGAACGUGACCUGCACAUACCACGACUAAAUGAAUAUAAUAUGAGGUCGGAUGCUACAUCAGAAUCCAUUCAGAGUUCAAAUUCUACUGGCAUUAUGAGUGCACAUGUUGAAAUAUUGUCUGAAAACAACCGGUACAAUAAUAACUCCAGAACGUGUCCCAGAUCAAGACCUCGAGAUAGACUCGACAAUGAUCUUUCUGGUAGUGACAGUGAAAAAAACUACCCUGACCUCAUAGAGAUGAGUACACUUGGCGCCUCCAGUUAUCUGCGAAGUGAAAUGAAACACGAUUCAUAUUAUUUUUACACAAUACCAAGAAGAAAAGACGGUGAUAGCAGAAGUCCUUUACUAAACAGCCGAAGGAACAGUUCCGGAGGGGACUCUACUACAUUUCUCGAUAGAACUUAUGAUAAGCGUCAAAGACCGUCGGGUCGACGUUCAAAUAGUUUUUUAGAUCUUUCAACUGGUGCAAAUCGAAUACGGCGGAAUCCAAGUCUACCCGCGUCGCCCACACGAGACCAGCCUACAGUGCCGUCAGCGACCCCCCUAUUAGAUUUAUCAGGACUCCGUGACUAUUCACGCACUGGACAAACAUUGGAAGAUUUCGAUUUCAGAGCUUCACAGUUAGAAAAGUUUUUAGAAGAAUAUAGAAGUUUGAGGGAACAACUUUCAAGGAUGAAAGAAACUAGAGAAAAUUUGCAAAGAACACGCGCAGUUGAAAAUGAUGAGUUACGAUCAGUUUUAAAAGGUAAACCUAGCAUAGCUGUGACGGAAACGUCAUCGUCGGUGGCCAUGGCUGACGCAGCAUCUCCGUUAGCACUCAGCCCGCCGGAGUACAAAUCACAGCAACAAAGGCCGGAAUGGCUUACUUCUCUGCUCUACCGUAACUAGUUCUACAUAACUGUAAAACAACCAAAUGGGUAUUUAUUCGUCUAAAAAAAUUGGUUUUAGAACACCUAGUGGUGAUUGAUGUUUCAAAUUUAAGGAACAUCUGGACAAUUGAUCGUUUUAGUAGAAAAAAUAAUACAAUUUGUAAAUAUAUACUUUUAUUAAUUUGAACUGAUGUCGAUGAUAAGUACUUAAAUAAGUGAACAGUUGUUUAUAAGUGAGAUGCGAACCUGCAUUCUUUAAAUGUUGAAUUGAAAUAAACCAAUUUCAAUAAUUAAA